AUUCAAUCAUCUACUAUUUGUAAGGUAACACAAGGGGUGGGUUUCACAAUGUCAAUGUGGUGGAAUAACUAAAACAAUAUAAAUAAACUAGACCUUUCAGUUCCUAAAUAGCUUUCGUAACUCUUAUACCGAAGAGAUUUGUCGUCCCAGCUCGUCCCCGCGUCAUCACCAUUCUCCUACUAGCGCCCAAAAACCCCACUCCGCUUUCCACCAAAUCCCACUCCGCCAUCCAGGGGAAACCAACGCAAACCAUCUCAAGUGAAGUCCUAGGCUACCGAAUUACGGACAGCGCUCACCUCGGCUUGCUUCGCCGUCAUUUUCAAUUGACAAUCGUCCCUUGACAUCUCCGAAGACAUCAGACCUUCUGUCACCCUCGGCUAUCAUUUGCUGACCUCCUGGUCAGUGCCUUUCCAUAGCAUAACCUACAAACCACUCCGUUGGAUAUCCGCCAGCGUGGCGAGUAAGAAAGGCAAUAAUGAACGUCCUCAAGCUUCAAAGGAAGUUCCCACAGUUUGAUCAGGGCGAAAUCUUUUCUCUUCAAGAUGCCUUUCGAAAGUUAGAUGUUGAUGACAAAGGCUACUUGGAUGAAGCGACCGUGAUCAAAGCUACUCAACAAGCAGAGCGCCAGCCAUAUGACAUCGUACGGCAGGCGCUAAAGGAGGUUGAACUGGAUAGCUCUCGCCGAGUAGAACUUGAAGACUACGUGGAUCUUAUCUCCAAGCUGCGCUCUACUCCCGGGCAAAGCGGGUCUGCCAGCACUGCAGGUACCGCCGCGGUAGUACCCGGUAAUGGCGCUGGCUCAUCUCGCCAUGUCUCCAAAGGCAGCAUAGGGGGAAGAAUUCAUGUCCAAGGUUCAUCGGCAAACGUAACUCAUACUAUUAAUGAGGAUGAAAGGACCGAGUUCACGAGACACAUCAAUGCUGUUCUUGCUGGCGACCCGGACAUUGGUCACUUCCUGCCGUUCGCCACCGAUACAUUCGAGAUGUUCGAUAAAUGUAAAGACGGCUUGGUUUUAGCAAAACUGAUCAAUGACAGUGUUCCGGAUACGAUCGACGAGCGUGUCUUGAACAAGCCAGGAAAGAAAAUCAAGGAAUUGAACGCGUUCCACAUGUCCGAGAAUAACAAUAUAGUGAUUAACUCGGCUAAGGGUAUUGGUUGCUCAGUUGUGAAUAUUGGAAGUGGUGAUAUCAUAGAAGUGCGCGAACACCUCAUCCUUGGCCUAAUCUGGCAGAUCAUUCGCCGGGGUCUUUUGGGCAAAAUUGAUAUCAAGCUCCACCCUGAGCUUUAUAGACUUCUUGAAGAAGAUGAAACCUUGGAGCAAUUUUUACGUCUGCCUCCUGAACAGAUAUUGUUGCGUUGGUUUAAUUAUCAUCUGAAAAACGCGAAAUGGAACAGACAGGUGACAAACUUUUCAACUGAUGUGAAAGAUGGUGAAAAUUAUACAGUUCUUCUCAGCCAACUGGCACCUGAUGUUUGUUCACGAGGUCCCUUGCAAACACAGGACUUGCUUCAGCGUGCUGAGCAAGUUCUAGCUAACGCCGACAAACUGGGCUGUCGAAAGUUUUUGACCCCAACCUCGCUCGUUGCUGGAAACCCUAAACUUAACCUUGCUUUUGUAGCCAAUUUGUUUAACACGAUUCCAGGUCUCGACCCUAUCACUGAAGAAGAGAAGCUCGAGGUCGAAGACUUCGAUGCUGAGGGGGAACGUGAAGCUAGAGUCUUUACGCUCUGGUUAAAUUCAUUGGAUGUCCAACCAGCUGUUAACUCUCUCUUUGAUGAUCUUCGGGAUGGCACUAUUCUCCUCCAGGCCUAUGAUAAAGUAAUUCCUGGAAGUGUUAAUUGGAGGCAUGUCAACAGACCACCAACAUCUGGUGGUGAAAUGAUGCGUUUCAAAGCGGUAGAGAAUACCAAUUAUGCCACCGAGCUUGGAAAGAAUAUCGGCUUUUCUCUUGUUGGUGUUCAGGGGGCUGAUAUCACCGAUGGACAGCGUACUCUUACACUGGGAUUAGUGUGGCAACUAAUGCGGAAAGAUAUCACAAAUACACUGUCGAGCUUGGCGCAGCGGAUGGGUAAACUUGAGAUUACGGACUCGGAGAUGAUUCGGUGGGCAAAUGACAUGUCCCGCAAAGGCGGCAGGACUUCGUCGAUACGCAAUUUUAAGGACCAGUCGAUUGGCUCGGGAAUCUUCCUACUUGACGUGCUUAACGGCAUGAAGAGUAGCUACGUGGACUAUGAAAUUGUAACCCCAGGCCGCAGUGACGAAGAAGCAUACUCAAAUGCCAAGUUGAGCAUCAGUAUAGCAAGAAAGCUAGGUGCAACGAUCUGGUUGGUUCCUGAAGAUAUUUGCCAGGUCCGCUCCCGCUUAGUGACUACAUUCAUUGGCUCCCUUAUGGCUACAUAUGAGAAGAUGCAAUGAGUAAGCCCAUUAUGAGAGUUAUAUUGUGCUAUGAUGGGGAGAGUGUCACCCUAUUCCAUCCUCAGCCAUUUCCAGUUUUCUUCCUUCUGAAUGACUAUUGCGUUUCCAUGUGUGCAGCUUUAUUAACCUGCUAUAAGUUUUCGGACAUGUUCGUAAAGAUCAACUCUUAGAAGAGGCAGAACCCCCCUUUACGUCAAUGCUUUAAAUUCUAUUCAUUGACACUUUAUCUCAUUUCCUUU